AUGAAACACACAAUUAUGUUGUUUAUGUUGGUAACCAUCAUCAUCAUCGCACAAUCAGAUUCACAAAAUACUAACACAUUAUUAUUGUCUCAAAUAAAUGAUGUUCGAUAUCAAUGCCUCGUUUCAGGUUGUUCGAUUCCCAUGAUUAUCUUCGGAACAAAUUCAAAAGCUUGUCAAAUUGCUUGCUUAACAAAUAUGAAUUGUCGUAUAGUAACAUUUGAUCAAGCCAAUAAUAAAUGUGAACUAUUUGCUGAUGUUCCCAGUCAAUAUGGUAGCUUGAUAGCACAAGCAGAUUUUGUGACUUUCAUUGCUAUUGAUAAUCGACAACUAUCAGCACGUAAGUAA